ACGCUUUGAAAUUUAUUCUGGCGUCGUUGACGCUUGGCUUCGUGGAGUUCAGUGGAGUUGUGUUGUGUUGUGCGUGUUUGCUGUGUUUGUGUUGAUUGGAUUGUUAUUAUUUUCUGACAAGUAAAUAAUUGUCUUUUCGGGAAAUGAAAUAAAUCGCUGGAAAUAAAGCGAUAUCAAAGAUAGUUUGGUAUUUCCACCUAUGAGUGAAUUGAAUUGACAAAAUGUCUACGAGAAGCGGACGUGUUAGAUCUAGUGUAAUAGACACUAGUCCAGUCAGGACUCGUAAAGGAGUAUCCCCAAAUCGUUCUCCCGCCAGAACCAGAAAAAGUUCGCCAGGACGGAAAAGUUCACCCCCUGCGCGUACGUCUGCCUCCCGCAAAUCUCCUUCUCGUAAAUCGCCAAGCAGAAAGCCAGUCUCCAAAUACCCGGCGCGUAAGUCACCAUCUCGGGCGACGAAAGAGUCUUCAGAGUCUGAUACGAAAACAACGAAAUCACCAGCGAAGCGUCCUGGUCUCAAAUCCGAUGUAUCUGUGAAGCUUGAAGACUUGACUGGCAAACUUGAGAUAUAUCGCAGCACUCGGUCAAAACGCAUUGAGCAUUCAAUUAAAGAUGUGACAUCCAAUGAUGAAUUACCAGAUAUUACUAAAGUGAAUGGUUUAGAGUCUGGUGACUUUUAUGGAUUGAGGAAUAGAAGAUCAGUUGAGGAAUUAACUCAACGUAGAUCAAGUAGGCUCAAAGAGUUUGUGGAAAAUGUGCCAGAUAUCAGAAGAAGUUUGAGUAAGUCACUUAGCAAGUCAGUUAGUCAGUCUAUUGAUACAUAUUCAGAUGAGGAGAACUCUUCAGAGGACACACGCACAGAUAAAUCACAGUCCGUGACAAGAAAGUUGGCAACUCCUUUGAGAAGCAGUGUGAAUAAGAUUGCUCAAAUUAGCAGUAGAUGGGAGUUUGGUGGUCGGAUUGGAUCUGCUGUGAUGAUAUUUUUGAUGCCACUAACCAUGUUUGCAAUCUUACAUUCAUGUUCUAAAAGUUGUACUUUGAAAUCCCUAUUGGACCUGUCUUCUUUAAAAUUAUGGACAACUUGGUUUAGUGUGCCAUCAUUUUUAACUAUUUGUGCACAGUUGGCACUUCAAGCAUUGAUUGCACUCAUGCCAAUUUGUGGUCCUAAAGCUGAUAGAAUGGAUGAAACUGGCACAAAGUACACUUUCAAUGCAUUUUUCUCAAGUAUUAUUACUGUGAAUCUCAUAUUUUGUCUUAAUUUCUUUGGAGUUAUAAACAAGGAUAUUUUGGUAGAAGAUUAUCUAAGAUUAGCUGUGGCAUCAUAUAUAUUUGCUGUUUUCUUUAGUAUAGUUCUAUAUGUGAAACAGCCCACUUCUGAUGAAAAUGAUUUGAACCCCUAUGCUUCAACUGGAUAUAAGUUAUAUGAUUACUUCAUUGGGAAAGAAAUUCAUCCUUUCAUCAAAAGCCUAGAUGUGAAGAUAUGGUUAUCGAGAUUCAGCAAUAUCAGUGCUCUUGCACUUACUGUUCUUGUCUUCAAACAAGGCAUCCAGUUAAGAAUGAAGGAAUCUGACAUCUCUACUUUAUCUUUAGAAAACUACAAGGAAAUUCUAAAGAAUGUUGAGCUACAGCCUACAAUACUGCUAUAUUCGAUGAUGCAAAUAACUUAUUUGCUCAGUUUCAUCAUGAGGGAAUAUCGGAUCACAUCUACUUUCUACUGGCAAUCUGAAGGAGUGGGUUACAUGCAAAUUGUAGCGAGCGCCUUCUACCCAUUUUAUUUCACAACCGUAUCUAAAUUUGUUGCCGAUUAUAAGUUAUCACUGUCGACUAACAUUCUUAUCACCGCUUCUGUAAUAUAUGUGCUGGGAUUCUUCUUAAUGCUUCUUAGUAACAGUAUAAAGUAUGAAUUCCGAAGAAAUCCCUUGCAACCCAGCUUGGCAAACUUAGACUCCAUGCCGACAUUCCACGGUAAGAAGCUACUCAUAUCUGGCUUGUGGGGAUUCGUGCGGCAUCCGAACUACACCGGCGACAUCUUGAUACACAUCGCGUUGUCUCUACCCGGAAUUCUGACGCAGCGUUACAUAGCAGCUGUUCCCGCGUUAUUGUCUAUAGUCGUGCUUCUACAUCGAGCAUGGCGGGAUCAUGCUAGAUGCAAGAGACGCUAUGGCGCAGCAUGGCAAAGGUAUUGCAAGAGAGUACCCUCCGUUGUCAUACCUAAGGUCCUAUAACAAUAGCAACUCACAAGUAAAGCAAAAUGAAGUAAUAUUGUCUUCACCCAAUUAGUACUUUGAGGAGUCUGUUAACUGGGUCCGCUAUCAACUGGGCCCGCGGUUUCAGAGGCCGGAUUAUUUUAAAUUUAUUAAAAGAAAAACUAUAAUUGGAGCCCAAAUUGUACACGCUUGAUUUAAUAAUGAAACAUAGUUGUUCUGAUUCAGAAUUUUUAUACGAUUUUCAUGAAAUACAAGCAAUAAACUAAGCAAUCAAUACAUAAAAUGUGUAACGAAAAUAUUUAAAAUAAAAGAAUCCGGCGACUGGAACAGCAGGUCCAGUUAGCACUUUCGGUUGACGGACUCCUCGUACUAACCAAUGUAUUAGGUAAAAAGAAAUCUUAUAUCUUUUUGCACAAGUCGGAGACAAUAUCUUUUUUUUAAAGAUAAUUACUUUAAAAUCUCUUAUCACGCUGGAAAUUUAUUUGGUGUAAACAAUACAUUUGACAAAGAUCUAUUUUUACUUUCAUCUAACACACUGCUUUUGCAGUGCAUCAAGAUUUUUAUUUAAAUAGAGGAUAUACUAGAUUAAUAUUUUUUUUGUACAUAGGAAUUAUGUAUGAAAUUUUACAUAAAUAUUUUACGAUUGAACAAAAAGACAAAGAUCUCUUGUAGCAAUUAAUUUUACAAUGUUACUUAAGUGUUGUGUAAUUAGAUAUUGAAUAUACUGCCAUAAAAUGUACCACCGGACAAUUUCUAUUCAAAAUUUUGCUCUCUAGAUUAAUUCGGCAAUUUUUCGAAUAUGUUUAAUAAAUUGUUUUAAAAUCUAGUAUACCUCUUGAUUAAUUUAGAAUUAUUUUUCAUUGUAGCAUUGAAUAUUGGCAAUGUCCGGAGUAUAAAACAAAUUUAAGAAAUUAAUGCUUGGAUUACAUUUGUACUAGAGAUGCUUAUAGACUAUUAAAUGAGAAAAUCUCCAAAUUGAGACUAAUUUUACUAUUAUAUUAUAUUAUAUUAUUGUAGUUUUAUUGAUUUACAUAUCGAUAAUGACGGAAUAAAAUUACUUUUUAGAAUAAUUGAUUAUUGGUAAUUUCGUAAAUUUACGUAUUGUAUUUAUAUUUUGUAUUUUUAUGACCUAAGUGUAUGUAAUUGUUUAUUUGUAUUUUUUGUGUGAAUGUCUUUUGUCGAAAAAAGUGUGCCUCAAAUUAAGUUCAGAUAGCUUAAAGCAUAAAUAGUUAUGUAGAAAUUAGUUAUUGGCUCAUGUUUACGAGACCACAGUUAAAUGCUCAAAAGUACAUAAGGAAACUGUUCCGCCUCGUAUUUGGGUUAUGAUUUUUCUACUGGUUCGAGGUUAAAUAGAAUUAAAUACGUAAACUAGAUAUAACUUGCCAUCAUCAUGACAAUUGUUUACAUAUCAUUCAUUACCCGAUUGCAAAGGAAGGGUUAUGUUUUACUCAUUGAAUCUUGCCUUGUGACACCAUUCGAUGUUACAACCGUUACAGAUAAUUUUUAUGUAUACCCUCAUAUUUCUUUACCCUCUAGUGAAUACAUAAGAUCUUAGGUUGUGUUAUCAUGGUAAAUAUAUUUGGAAAACGCACACAUAAAUUACAACUAUUGAAUUUUAAAGUAUUCUACUUAAUUGUCGCAAAGAAUUAGAAUAAAUAUUUUUAAUGUA